UCCAGGCGGUGCUGCGGACACAGCCGGCCACUCGCUUGGGCGCCAGUCCUCAUGGCCACCAGCCUGGGCAGCUCCCUGCCCGCCCUGGCCAGCGCCCUCCGGCCUGACCCCACCCUCUCCCUGGAGCAGAAGGCAACCUUCCUCUUCCUCUUCUUCCUCUUCGUCUUCCUGGCGGUGCUGAUCGUCCGUUGCUUCCGGAUCCUCCUGGACCCCUACCGGAGCAUGCCUCCCUCCACCUGGACCGAUUACGUGGAGAAAGACACCCUGGACUACCGCCUGGCCUGAAAGGGGGUUGGGGAAGGCAGUGGUGGAGAUGGCCAGCCCAAGCCGGGUUUGUGUGGCUGCCUCGGUGGAACCUCCACGCACGGGGGCAGUCUACCUGCUCGGGCCUGGCGGAGACACGAGGUUCUGCCCAUCCUGGUUUGAGCUCGGGGCAAAGUUUCCACAGCUUCGUUCUGUGGCUUUGGAAGGAAAAGGGGCAGGUAAUGCUUGGCCCCUGAUUAACCAGGUAGGGCGAGAGGGAAGGGAGGCUGCACUUGGCAGGAACGG